AUGAAUCGAUUGAGGGAAUGGCUGGAGAUUUGCAAGAGAACUCAUCAAUCGUCUGACCAAAGUCUCGAAGUUGUAGUCGAUCUGGCCUCACUGCGCGUCAUCGAUACAGUGACAUCAUGCGUCCGGGAGGUCGACAUGCCCUUUCGGUACGCCUGCUUGUCUUAUGUUUGGGGAAAAGGCAGCCAGAUACAGUACACCAACUCGACAAGAAACAAACUGGAGAUGCCGCAAGGACUGCAGAAUGUCGAUCUACCUCAGACAAUUGCGGACGCGAUCAAAGUCACCAAAGAAGCCGGCUUGCGAUAUUUAUGGGUCGACGCUCUCUGUAUCCUCCAGGAUGAGCCCGAAGACAAAGCAAAGAUCAUAUCGAAGAUGGGUCUGAUUUACGGCAGUGCAACAAUGACCAUCGUCGCCUCCACAAACAUCGAUCCGCAUGAUGGCCUGCCUGGCAUGGGCACCGCAAAUCGCCCCGUCGCACAGAACGCAGUUAAGGUCCAGGGCAUAACGCUAGCUAUCGGGCUUCACGAUCCGCGUCAGUCGAUUUACGACAUCGAGAGCUCAGUGUGGAAUUCACGUGCGUGGACAUUCCAGGAGCGGGCAUUGUCGAAGCGAUCCGUUUACUUUACACGCUCACAGAUGAUCUUCGAGUGUGCCCACGGCGCACUGAUGCUCGAGGAGAUCGUUCCCGCUACGGACCCUGCGUUUCAACACUCGACAUUAGAAGAUCAUCGGGUUCAGCCGGAUCUAUUAGCCUUGGUAUGGUGCCAUACAUCGUUAAGGCGCUUCAAAAACAAGGGAUUCACAAUACGGGACGCGGAUCAAGUUAUGAUGAUGUCUGAGGACCUUGACCUAGACAAUAUGAAUCCCGAAGAGCGAGCAAAGAGAGCGCCCGUAUUCAAUAUCACGGUAGACGCAGCUCUCAAUUUUAUGAACACGCUCGGCGAUACCAACGGAUCGACGCCAUGGGAUUUAUUUCGCCGUGCAGUGUGCGACUACACUAAGCGGAAGCUGAGCUGGGAAUCAGACGCCGUGAUGGCUUUCUCAGGCGUAGAGCACAUUAUUCAGCGGGGUACCAACACCAAGUUCUGGUAUGGACAGCCCUCAUUCGCAUUCGAACAGGCGCUACUAUGGCAGGCUGGGGAGCCUCUUCAGCUGCGACUCAAGAACGGCAAGGCGAUUUUCCCAAGCUGGUCGUGGGCUGCAUGGCAGGGUCACGUAUUCUAUCGCGGCAGAGGGUGGAAGAAUUCCGUGGUCUGGGAUCCUGUAUCCGUGGUACGUUGGUAUGUGAAGGAGAAGCCUCAGUGGGUUAUUGAUAGGUUUAUCGAGGAAGGAAACAAGACAGAAGAUGAGGUAGAAGAGUACAGGAAGAAAGUGGGUGAAGCCACCGUGCUUUUGAGAGAGUUGGAUGCCCGCUCCCUACAUCACUUGGAUGCUGUGGGCAAAGAUGGUUGGGUCAUGGAGCAGGACGCGCAGCAUAACCGCCACAUCUACACUCACAACACUUACAAAGGGGUAAAGUUCACCUACCCUGUGAGUCUCUUGGGCCAGAGCAUCGAAGAUCGCCCAGACAGCAACGGUAUUCUGUUCUUCGACGCCCACGUAGUCCCCAUCAUUUCAUGCGACAUGCAGCAAGCAUCUUUUAAGAUGAAAAUCGAAGAUCGUUUCUUUCAGCUCGGCGUCAACGACGAGUCCCGGUCUGCCAACGGCCGCGCGCCGUGGCAGCGGAUUGUCUAUCACCAAGGGUAUCGGGCCGGAUAUCUUAGCCUCAACACAAGCUCUCUCCCAGCAGAAGACGACGGCUACGAGUACCACCUAGCUGCUAUCUCGCGCGGAAGUCUCUCCUGGGUCCCGCCGCCACCACCAGGGUGGGACCUGUAUUGGAGCACGGGGCCGUGCGAUGUCCAGAAAUUCCUCUUUGAAGAGGAGUGGCACACCGGGCUUGGAAAUGUUGAAGUGCCGAAUGAGACGGUGGAACCGGCGACGGAUAGCAUGGUGGAGGCGUCGAUGAGGAAGCACAACGAGAACGGCGACCCGCACUGGGACAUCUCCAGGUUCGGCGGGAUAACCGUGUGGGAUGUUUAUGAGGUGCUUCUUUUGAAGACGCAAAAUGAGGUGUCGUGGAGAAUCGGUGCCGGGAAGGUCAAUCUUCGCGCUUUUGUGGCAGCGCAUCCGAAGGAGAUGAUGGUUCAGCUUGCGUGA